AUGGUCUCCUCGUCGGCUCCCCGCCCACAAAAGACAUUCGCAAACCAGGACAAGCUCCCGCGUCUGCCCAUUCCCGACCUCGACAAGUCACUCGACCGUUACGUCCGCAGCCUCAUCCCCCUCAUUGAGCAAAAGUAUGGCAAGGACCACGUCACCCAGGAGCUCGAGAAGCGCAAGCUGUUCGCCAAGGACUUUGCCUCCAAGCAAGGACUCGGGCCCGUGCUGCAGGAGCGCUUGAGGGACCUCGACCACGUUUCACCCAACAGCUGGCUCGACGACACACUGUGGCUCGCUCUGGCUUACCACACCUGGCGUGCACCCCUCAUUGUCAACUCGAACUGGUGGCUCUUGUUCAAGAACGACCCGGGAAACCCAGACCCGCCCUGCGCUCCCGGCGCCACGAACGACACUCCAGUCCCUCUCGUGGCCGACCCCAAGAACACCCUCGCUGCUGGCCAGCAAGGUGGUGGUGAGGAGUGGAUCCGCUCGCACACCGACCGCAAGGACUACUACUACCAGGACAACUUUGACGAUGUCGUCAAGCCCACCUGGGUUACCGACUGGCAGGUCCGCCGUGCCUCAUGGCUCGUUCACCGCUUUGCCCAGUUCCGCACUCGUGUGGCUCGUGAGGAGGAACCCGCGGCCGUGACCCGCGCCGGACCGUCGUGCAUGCACCAGUACAAACUGCUGUUCAACAUUUCGCGUAUCCCUCUGCCCCACUCGGACUCGUUCUCGGUCCAGGACAACCAUGCGCCCCACGUGACCGUCAUGAUCGACGAUUUCAUCUACUCGGUCGAUGUGUUUGCUCCUCGCAAGGGCGACGAGCCUGCCGAGCCUCUGCCCCCAGCCGAGAUUGAGCGUCUUCUCCAGGCUGCUGUUGCCGAUGCCAAGGCGCGCAAGGACGGAGGCGAAAAGCCCGCCCUUGUCGGUAUCCUCACUGCCGACGAGCGUGACACCUGGACGCUCAACCGCGAGCGUGUUCUGCUGCACUCGCCCAAAAACCGCGAGACCUUCAACGCCAUUGACCGCUCCCUCAUUGCCCUUUGCCUGGACACGUACACCAUGCCCACGCUUCCGACCCAGGACCCCCUGCGCCAGGCGCCCGUCGACGCCCAGAUGCGCAACGCCCAGGCCGGCAUCUUUGGCGGCCGUAACCGCUGGUUCGACAAGGCGCUUACCGUCAUUGUGGAGAACAACGGUCGUGCCGCUGUCAUGGGCGAGCACUCUCCCGUUGACGCGCUCAUCCCUUCGUUUGUCGUCGACUCUGCCCUCGAGGUCCCCGUUGACAACUCUGCCUACCCCUCGACCAAGGGUGCGGCCCCUGCCCUUGGUGACGGAUUCAAGCGCGAGGACUUUGAGAUUGACCAGGUGACCGUCGACGAAAUUACGGCCUGCACCCAGCGCAACAAGGCCAUUGUUGCCGACUCGGACGCCGCCACUCUGUGGUGGGCCGAGUACGCCACCGACUGGAUGAAGAAGGUCGCCAAGCAGGCACCCGACGCGUACAUCCAGCAGGUCCUGCAGCUCGCAUGGUUCCGCGACCAGGGCUACGCUUCGGCCACCUACGAGACUGCGUCCACCCGCCAGUUCAAGCACGGCCGCACCGACGUUAUCCGCACCUUGUCCCCCGAGUCGCGCGAGUUUGUCAAGAGCAUGGACAACGCGGCUCUGGACGACAAGGCGCGCUACGACCUGCUCACCAAGGCAUGCAACACGCACAGCGCGUUGACCAAGUCGAGCUCCAACGGCGACGGCUUCGACCGCCACCUGAUGGGCCUCAAGGUCCAGCUGCGCCCUGGAGAGUCCCACCCCAUCUUCGAGGACGACCUGUACGCCAAGUCGCAAGAGUGGAAGCUGUCCACGUCGGGCCUUUCGUCGGGUCUUCAGUUCUAUGCGACUGGCUUUGGCGCUGCCUGGCCUGAUGGGUACGGCAUCAACUACAUGGCGGGUCCCAAGCUUAUCAAGUUUGGUCUCGAGAGCAAGGUCUCGUGCGACACCACGUCGACUGAGCGUUUCAAGCACCGCAUUGCCCAGGCGUUCCGUGACCUGCGUCGCGUGUGCGAAGCCCAGCCCCCGACAGAGCAGGCCAAGCUCUAA